AUGGCCUCUAGAGGACUGAGGGCAGACAUGAUCUUGAGGAAUGAGACCUGGCUGUCAGGAUCCAAGUAUCUUUUACAUCCUGAACAGGACUGGCCUGUGAAUCCAGAUCAUUCAGGUGAGCUCCUACCUGACCUUCCAGAGGUCAAGAAGUGGAAGCAGCUGGACGUGGCUUUUGCUCAGGCUGACUCAAGUGAACAACAGAGGCUUUCCUCAGAGCAUGAAAUGGCAGUGGCCAAAGGCCAGGCUUUUAGAGCUGCACAGGUCAUCAGUCAAGACGAGACAGUUGCUGCUGGAGAGAACGCCAACCUGCUUUGCCAGCUGACCGGCUCCUCUGAGUCUGAACUCCUGUCUAGCAUUACCUGGCAGAAAAAAACUGAGAAAGACACCAAAAAGCAAAUAUUUGCAAGCAUCAGCCCAGAUGGCAAGAUAUCCCUUUUCAAUGGUGAUUGGCAGUUUGACCGUGUGAUUUUUAUUGGAAACACUGAAGAAUGCAAUGGCUCAAUUCAGAUUAGGGGAGUUGACGUGAUGGAUGAAGGAGCCUACACUUGCAUCUUCACCAUGUAUCCAGAUGGCACUUAUGACAAAACAAUCAACCUUAUGGUAACAGUGCAUCCCCUGGUGACAGUGUUUGUUGAAGUGGUUCCUGUAGUUGGAGAGUCUGAGGAAGUCAUGGCAACCUGUACUGCUGCUGGUGCCCGACCUCCAGCAAACAUCUCUUGGCGUCUGGGUUCCUUUAGUGACUCAAUGAAAAUAGUGACAAAUUCCACAGUGCAUUCUAAUGGAACCUACACAACCACUAGUCAUCUUAUUAGCAUUCCCACCAGACAUGCCAAUCAACAGCAGGUCCGGUGUGUGGUCAGUCACAUAACAGGGGAUCAGACAGUCAACUACACUAUACACAUCCACUAUCCCCCUGAAUCAGUGAAGAUAAUUCCUGUCGAACAUACCACACAAGGUCGAGAGUUUCGUUGUGAUGUAGAAGCCAAUCCAAAACCAAGUUUCACCUGGAUCAGGGAAAAUCACGGUCCUCCUGCAGGUGCACAGGAAGACAGACUGAUUCUUUCCAGUUUGAGCCCAGAUCUGAAUGGUCUGUAUAUCUGUAAAGCCUCAAACCAGUAUGGAGAAGCAUCAGGUUCAGUCUAUGUACAUGUGAGCUUGGAGACCUCCAAAACUGCAGUCAUCAUUGCUGUCCUCCUCAGCUUCAUCAUAUUCAUUGGUUUACUAUGUUGGAUAAUCUCUAAAAAGUAUCCUGGGGAGAGAGUGGAGCUGCUGGCCGUGUGGUUGAAGAGGAAGAGGGAGAAGAAAGUGUUCCCAUGA